AUGGCUCCUAAGAAACUCACCUGGCUCAUCACCGGCUGCUCCUCUGGCUUCGGCCUCUCCCUGACGCGCGCCGCACAGACUGGCGGCCAUAGGGUCAUUGCGACCUCCCGCAAUCCCUCUCGAACCCCCGAACUAGUCGCUGAGAUCGAGGGUAAAGGGGGGAAAUGGGUCCAGCUGGAUGUGGACAGCCCGCAGAGUGGUGAUGUGAUUACAGAGCUUGAAAAGAGUGGCGACCAUAUUGAUGUGCUGGUCAAUAAUGCUGGCUACUCCAUCUACGCGCCCAUUGAGACUUUCACCGAGGAGGAAAUUCGAUCCCAGAUGGAGACAAUGUACUUUAGUCCGCUGCGUCUAAUCUGCGCAGUCCUGCCUCAUAUGCGCCAGCGCCGGUCUGGUGUGAUCAUCAACAUGAGCAGCGGUGCCUCGCUCGAUGGUAUCCCUACAAUGGGCGUCUAUGCGGGCGCGAAGGCUGGAUUGGACGCUCUCACCAAGAUCCUUGCUAAGGAGGUUGCCCCCUUCAACAUCCGCACCCUGACAGUCGUCCUCGGCACUUUCAACACCAACAUGCCCAAUACUGUGGUUCUGGGCAAGACUCCCCUCCCAGAAGACUAUAAGGGGACCUUCACCGAGCAGGUGCAGGGUCUUCUGGUCAGCGGGAAGAUCAAGCCUAAUGGUGACAAAGAUAAAGCAAUGCAGGCCUUGUACCAGGUCGUUGUUGGUGAGGGAGUCGGUGAGGGACAUGAGGCAGAGAAGCUGCUGCCUCUAGGAAGUGAUAUGACUCCUCGUCUCAAGGGAGUCCAGGAUUAUCUCGGCCAUGCUUUGGAGGUGUUUGGCUCUGUGACCAAUAGUGUGGAUGUCGAUAGAUAG